CUGGAGCAAGGGCUAGUAUUGAUUGGAGCCCGCUUGAUCGCAUUCUUUCUACCGAGUAACGAUUGGCGCAGUUUGACUCAGUUGCCACGGACACAGAUGACAGGUUGGGAUUAAGAAUAUCAAGUCGGUUAUGACUAGUUGUCCCUCCGACGGGUGGAAGCAAGCGUCAAGGGCGUACAUCAAACACUCCUGGCUGACCGAAAGCAGCAACGCCUAUGUAAAACAGCCGCGCAUUUCAGCUGCAAGCAAGGUUGACAACAGGGGCUUAGCUAUCGAAGAUUUGUCGCUAGCCAUGCAUCGUUCCGAACACCAACAACAACAAUGGUCUAAUAGUGGCGCUUUCUGCACCGCAAAUAGUCGGACAUCGAGCAACCAUAAGGACGUGAAUCAUACAAAGUGGCUUGAGCUUGGGUUCCGGCUAUGUGCAACUCUGCAAUGUCGAAAGAUAUACCCAAAGGAGAUAUCUGUUGUUAUUUCUCCUGCUUCUGCGAGGGCCUUCAGUGUCUUAUCCUCCAUUUCGAUGCCUUAUCCUCCAGUUCGAUGCGCAGAUAGCAUACGGUCGACAUGCGGGGUGCUCGGCCCCGCUCUGGCAGCCAAAGUAAUACAAUCCCCUUCUGGCUAGAGAUAAGGCACGAGGGACGUGCAGGGAACCUUAUCCCAUUGACAGGCUAACCUGUAAUAUCGUCUGUCGGCUUGUACAAUAUCGUUGUGACGUA